AUGGCGGUGAUCGAAGCCGACACCUACCACUCUCACCAUGGUGGUGAUCGAAGCCGACACCUGUUGUGUGAGAGGCGGUCACCUACACCACUAGACCACUCUCACCAUGGUGGUGAUCGAAGCCGACACCUGUUGUGUGAGAGGCGGUCACCUACACCACUAGACCACUCUCACCAUGGUGGUGAUCGAAACCGACACCUGUUGUGUGAGAGGCGGUCACCUACACCAAUAGACCACUCUCACCAUGGUGGUGAUCGAAACCGACACCUGUUGUGUGAGAGGCGGUCACCUACACCACUAGGCCACUCUCACCAUGGUGAUGAUCGAAACCGACACAUGUUGUGUGAGAGGCGGUCACCUACAUCACUAGACCACUCUCACCAUGGUGGUGAUCGAAACAGACACCUGUUGUGUGAGAGGAGGACACCUACACCACUAGACCACUCUCACCAUGAUGGUGAUCGAAACAGACACCUGUUGUGUGAGAGGCGGUCACCUACACCACUAGGCCACUCUCACCAUGGUGGUGAUCGAAACCGACACUUUUUGUGUGAGAGGCGGCCACCUACACCACUAGACCACUCUAACCAUGGUGGUGAUCGAAACCGACACCUUUUGUGUGAGAGGCGGUCACCUACACCACUAGACCACUCUCACCAUGGUGGUGAUCGAAACCGACACCUUUUAUGUGGGAGGCUGUCACCUACACCACUAGACCACUCUCACCAUGGUGGUGAUCGAAACCGACACCUGUUGUGUGAGAGGCGGUCACCUACACCACUAGACCACUCUCACCAUGGUGGUGAUCGAAACCGACACCUGUUUUGUGAGAGGCGGUCACCUACACCACUAGGCCACUCUCACCAUGGUGAUGAUCGAAACCGACACAUGUUGUGUGAGAGGCGGUCACCUACACCACUAGACCACUCUCACCAUAGUGGUGAUCGAAACCGACACCUGUUUUGUGAGAGGCGGUCACCUACACCACUAGACCACUCUCACCAUGGUGGUGAUCGAACCGACACCUGUUGGGUGAGAGGCGGUCGCCUACACCACUAG